GAUGAGAAGACCGUACGAGGAAAGAGGAAAGUGGAAUGGAAAAGGAGAAAUUAAUCGCAGUGAAUCCGGCUAAGGCGGCUGCGGCUACGAAUGUGUUUGAGCCAGGAAGAUUGAGCGUGAAUGUCUUCAAGGUGGAGAAAUCCAAUGCUUCUUCUUCUCCGCCUAAGACUUUGCUAAUCGUCACGCCGACGGCGGCCGGCUCGUAUCCGGUGCUGCUGUUCCUUCCUGGCUUCUGCAUCUGCAACUAUUCAUACAGCCUCCUCCUCCGCCACAUUGCCUCCCACGGUUUCAUAGUCGUUGCUCCUCAGUUGUACAUCUGCCCGCUCACUAGCGGAACAGAAGAAGUUCAAUCUGCGGGCACAGUCACGAACUGGCUAUCCGCAGGCCUCCAGUCCAACCUCCCAGAAAAUGUCACAGCAAAUCUGCAGAAGCUAGCCCUUUCUGGCCACAGCAGAGGCGGCAAGGCAGCGUUUGCCCUUGCACUGGGAUACGCCGAACCAACCCUAAAAUUCUCAGCUUUACUAGGACUGGACCCUGUCGCGGGAGUCUUCUCCGAAACUGAUCCCAAAAUCCUUACCUAUCAGGCUCAUUCCUUCAACCUUUCGAUGCCAGUUGCCGUAAUUGGCACCGGCUUGGGAGACGAGCAAAAGUGCUGCUUGGUCCCGGCGUGCGCGCCAAAUGGCCUAAACCACGAGGAGUUCUUCAGAGAGUGCAAAGCCCCUUGUUCCUAUUUUGUUGCCAAGGACUACGGCCACAUGGACAUGCUGAAUGAUCCAGCGGCAAAGUUAGGCAGUUGCGUGUGUGCCAGUGGGAAGGGUGCAAAGGAUUUGUUUAGGAUGUGUUUGGGUGGGCUUUUUGUGGCAUUUCUUAGGGCGUAUUUGGAAGAUGACAACGCAGAUUUUAAAGCCAUUCUGGAAGAUCCUUCUAUUGCUCCUGUUACGCUCGAUCCAAUGAUCUAUAUGUCUGAGGAUAAUUAGAUCAUCAAUAGCUAGAAUGCUAAGAACUCUGAAUGUACUGCAACAUUCUUUCCAUAUAGAUCGAUGGGAAGAGUUAACAUAUCAGUAAAUUACUAUUUGUGUCGGCGGAGGUCAUAGGUCACAACUUAAUUGAUUUGGGAGACUAAAUAGCUAGUUAUUUGGUAGAAUAGUUAAUGUGAUCGUGACUGUUGAUGCAAGAGUAUAGUGGGAAAUAAUUUUGAACUGUCAUUUCAAACAGAGAACCAUUAUUCAAAUUUGAAGUGUAACUAUAGUGCGUGUUUGAACCACCAUCUUUCAUUGGCCCAUG